UUCUCUCUCUAGAAAUUUGUAGUUUGAACUCUACGUUCAUCCCGCUCUCUCACUGAUCUCUUUUUUCAUAACAAUAAUCCAGCUGUCCCCCUUUCUAUAAUUCUUAUUAUGCUCGAUCUAUCAAUCUUUUCAGCUGAUUCAUCACUCAUGUAAUUUCAUCUCUAUAAGAGUGAAAUUAUCAGAAACCGAAACAUUAAUCGGGUUUUCGAGAAGUACAAAUGAAGAAAGGAGUUGCAACUGGAGAGCCUGCUUUUCGUGUAACACGGGCUCGAGUGGCUGCUAGCCAGUCAUCGAGUUCGGAACCGUUAAAAGAGCAGGGAGUGGGGCGUCUUACGCGUAAAAACUCUAAAAGAUCGGUGCAAGAUGAGAAUAAAAACUAUGGCGUUGCGACGGGUGGUGUUCAGAAUAAGAGGAGAGCAGUACUUAAAGAUGUCACAAACAUGUGUUGUGAUAAUUCUUAUAAGAACUGCAUUGUUCCAGCUAAAAUUCCGAAAAAGAAUAGUGUGUUGACUAAAAAAAAUCCAGUCAAAGUUCAACGAGUUUCUGCUAAAUCCGAACAAAUGAGAUGUAAUGAAAGUACGAGAUCUCACAUUCGAUCUACUCUCGUGAAAGUUCCAGAAGCAUCUGGAAGCGAAGAUAAGAAAACGGUUUCGCAGUUGCAAAGCUUUUCAAAGAAAGCAGGGAAGAGUAAGAUUAACGAGAAGCUUACAAUCUCUAGCGAUCCAGAUUUUAUUGAUAUAGAUUCCGAUAAAAAAGAUCCGCAAUUGUGCAGUGUCUAUGUAUGUGAAAUAUAUAGCAAUUUGCGCGUAGCAGAGCUUAUUCAUCGUCCACGUUUCAAUUUCAUGGAGACGGUACAAAGAGAUGUAACUCAGAGUAUGCGGGGCGUCUUAGUUGAUUGGCUUGUAGAGGUAAGUGUGGAAUAUAAAUUGGAGCCAGACACACUCCAUCGCACGGUUUAUCUCAUUGACAUGUUUCUUUCUAAAAACUAUAUCGAACGACAAAAACUUCAACUGUUGGGCAUCACUUGUAUGCUAAUUGCUUCGAAAUACGAAGAAACCGUUGCACCAAGUGUUGAGGAAUUUUGUAUCAUCACAGACAGCACUUACACAAAAUCAGAGGUUCUGAAAAUGGAAAGUCAAGUUCUGAACAUUUUGAAUUUUCACCUUUCACCACCAACAGCACAAACAUUUCUCAGGAGAUUUAUAAGAGCAGCACAAGCUUCCCAUCAGAUCCCGAGUCUUGAAUUGGAGUGUUUGGCAAGUUAUCUAGCUGAGUUGACUCUGAUUGACUAUAAUUUCUUGGUGUUUGUUCCGUCAAAUAUCGCUGCAGCGGCUGUGUUUCUUGCCAGAUGGAUGCUAGAUCAGCCGGGCCACCCUUGGAACCAUACAUUGGAGCACUACACAAACUACAAACCGUUGGAUCUAAAGAACACGGUUUUUGCACUCCACGGUUUGCAUUUGAGCGACAGUAAUUCCCCUUUGACCGUCAUACGAACAAAGUACAGGCAAGAUAAGUUUAACAGAGUUGCAAGUUUGCCUUCUCGUGAACUACCCGAAACACUAUUCUAACAGUCCAGAAGACACUCUCGCCCUAGUUUACGCAGCUGAGGUACUUCAAAGGCUAUUAUCGUCUUUUUGCCAUAUUUGUUUUGGUCAAUCUUUUGUUGUUGACUUGUUUCAAGAAUUGUUGAUAAUAUUUUGACACUAUAGUAGUCGAGAAUGCGGUUUUGGUUCGUGAAAACCUUUCGGUAACGCUUAUAUUUUGUGGGAUUCGAGGGUUUAUCGCCGUUUUCGGCCUUCAGGGUUUGAGUUUGUAAGUUGGCAAGAAAUGGCUGGAUUGUAAAGCUAAUGUAAAUUUAACUCAUGAAGGCUAUUUUAAGGCUUUUUAGUUUCUACCCA